AUGGGCGAUUUUCUCUAUAUUCAACCCUCGGAACUCAAGUUCCCAUAUGAAUUGAGAAAGCAGAGUUCAUGUUCUAUGCAGUUGACUAAUAAGACUGAUCAGUACAUUGCAUUCAAGGUCAAAACAACCAGCCCCAAGAGGUACUGUGUUCGACCCAAUGCCGGUGUUGUCUUGCCCAAUUCUGUAUGCAAUGUCACCGUUACAAUGCAAGCACACAAAGAGGCGCCUGCUGAUAUGCAGUGCAAGGACAAGUUUCUAAUCCAGAGUGUUGUUGCUCCCAGGGGCACAACAAACAAGGAUUUAACCGUGGAAAUGUUUCACAGGAAGGACGACAAGAUCGUCAAUGAGUUUAAAUUGAGGGUUGUCUACAUUCCUGCUAAUCCGCCCUCCCCUGUACCCGAAGGAGAUGAAGAAGGUUCUCCAAGAACAUCUUCAGUGGAGGAUGAUAAUAGAACAUCUUCAUUACCUGAGGCUGUAACAAGAUGGUUGGACAAAUCCCAUGAGAAAUUAUCAUCACCCGAGGCAAGGUCUAUGAUCUCAAAGGUGACUGAGGAGAAAGAUUCUGCUAUUCAACAAAAUAAGAAGCUCCAGGAGGAAUUGGAACUGCUGAAGAGACAAACAGAUAAAACCCGAGCUGGUGGUAGUGCCUCCAUGUUUGUAGUGCUGGUUAGUCUAUUACUAGUAAUUCGAGGGUUCAGUUUGGACCAAUUACUUAUUUACCUUGUUAGAUCAAAUCUGCUUAUUUUGAUCUGA